AUGAGGCUCUCCGCAGACAUGCUCGAGAUGACGGCCUGCACCAUUCUCAUCCUCGUCAGCUCCGUGGGAAAUACGUGUCUGUUUUAUUCGACGAGGCGCUGUGCCACUGGACAUCCGCAGACAUCGUUUCUUCUCAUGUUCAGUCUUAUCCUCGUCCACCUUAUGAAGAACUUGGUGGUGAACAUCAUGAAAAUCGUGUAUUCCUCUGGGAUCCCGGUGGACGAAGUCGGCUGCAAAGUCCUCCAUUUCACGGCGGCCCUGACCACCUCCUUGGCCAUCUGGUUCAUGCUGCACUUCGCUUUGUUCUACCUCCGGAAGCUUUACCAAAUGGUGCACCCCUCCAGUGAGGUUGUACCCCAGGCCCAGCAGAAACAUUCCCUGGUGGGGAUUUCUGCCCUCUGGGUGGCUGGUGUGGCUGUAUACAUCCCCAUUUUAAUUUAUACAAGAAAACCAGAAUACCCGAACACGGGAAACGAUACAGACAGCUUGUCUAUGCCCAGGAUUUACAUGGAUUGCCUGAUUCACUUUGGAGACAAGCAGGUAGAGUUUUACUAUGGGAAAAUAUUUCUCGUUCUAGUUGAUAUUCUUCCUUUAGCCAUCCUAGUCUUGGUAUGUUUCUGGAUGUCUUUCCUCCUCUCAGAGAAAAGGAAGAUGACAUACGGUGACAUCUGGAUUGGAGAGGACGACUCAGAAACGGAAGUCCUCCGAGGGGCCAAGUUCAGCGUUGUGUUAAUGCUGCUCAUCACGCCGCUGUGGGUUUCCCACUUCAUCUUAGUGUAUUUCUUGAAGGACGUGGCAGCCUGGGUCUGCAUCCCAGCCAUCCUCACCGCCCUCUCUUCGGGUUUCUCGGCUCUCAGUCCUUUCCUGUUCAUGUUGGUUAAUUACAAAAUGAAGCUGGUGUCUCUCUGUGGUGCCAGACAGGAAAAACCUCCACCACAGCCUGCAGAUGCCAUUCUUUCUCCAUAUGCUUGA